AUGGCACAACGUGCUACUGCUACCCCUCCCGCCCGUCCUCAGCCCUCCCAGCUUGCAAUUGAGUUUCAGCAAUGCCAGAGACGAUGUGCGAAUCGUCCGGUAGACCAUUUUCCUUGGAAGGAUUUCCAUUUGAGAAUGUCAGGGCAUGGAUAUGUUGUGGGCACUGAUUGGGCGAUGACGACGUUCGAUACGCGUACGGAAGACCAAUUCUUUGACCAUCGGCGCCUUCAGACUAUCGAUGAAAACACCGAAGUUCUAUUCUUUCACCCGUUCGACCCUCUUAACUACUCAACUGAUUCUCUGGAUUACAACACGGUGGAGGACUGUAAGGAUCAAGCGGACAAGCCUGUGCAGGAAAGUGUCUUAAAGAAAAUAUAUGCUGGAACGAUGUCUACCCUCUCCCAGAUCGAGCUCAAAGCUCGCGGUUUCUAUUAUCAUCUUUUCGGCCGGCCGUAA